GUAGUCAGUCACUCUCUCUCUUUCUCUCUCUAACACACACACAGACUCAAGUCAUCUCUGAACCGCAGAGAUUCUCCUUCAAUCGUUUCGUGUAUUUACAGCCGCCGCUGCGAAAAACCACUAGAUAGAAUGGGCAUGAGCUGCUCUUCUCGAAUCACAGCCGUUUGGAGAUAAGAGGGCGGAAACGCGAGUAAAACAGACAGAAGAGAUAGAAAAACAGAGGAGGAGCGCGAGAAGGCCGAACCCAUCGAGGGAGCGCGAGAGCAACCUAGUUUCUCACGCGACAGGCGCGCGGCGCUCCAGUGGAUUUGCGUCUCAACCCGACGAGGACGAAAACACGCCCGUAGCAAUCCGUACAUGUGGAUUAUUUGCGGAAAUUUAUUAAUUUCCUCCUCCUCAGAAACUACAUAAACGACCGGUAGCGAGAAGACCUUCACCUUCCGAGGAGAGGUUGGUGACUGCCAGGACUCAAUGCCCCAUGAUGCACAGCGUUUGUGACAAGACCACACCCACUUUCAGUGUGUAGAGGAAGUUGCAUCGUCAGCAUGUCCUCGCACCCUCAGUCAGUGCCUCAGGGUCGGAGGGCUGUGGAUGCUCGUCACCUUCCUAGUCCUGCCACCCUUCCUCUGCAGCUGAGAGCCCAUGCGGAUGUUGGUGGACUGGUGGACUACCAUCCUCAUGCUCGGGACUAUGGUUCCCAUUUGUCCCAUGGAUCCCUGUCCCAGCCUCACCGCCGCAGACCAUCCCUUCUCUCUGAAUUUCAGCCUGGCAGUGAAAGAGGUCAAGAGCCCCACAUCCGAUAUGAACACAUUUACCUACAGGACCCCGGCAGCCAAUCAGAAGUGGAAUACUCCGAGAUGAAGCGUGCUCGCUUGGAAAUCGGGACAGAGUCUCUUAUUCGUCACUCAGCUCAUCGUCAGCCCCUCACCUUGGGUGGAGCUGAGGAAAUGGCAAAGGAACGCAGCAGCAGCAGUUCCAUUGGAAAGAUUGAGCCCAUCUCUCCCGUGAGCCCAGUGCCCAUGGAUCCCGACCUGGACCUGGUUCCCUCUCGCCUCUCCAAAGAGGAGCUAAUCCAGAACAUGGACCGGGUGGAUCGGGAGAUCACCAUGGUGGAGCAGCAGAUCUGUAAACUGCGUAAAAAACAGCAACAGCUUGAGGAAGAAGCUGCGAAACCCCAGGAGCCGGAGCGCACCAUCUCACCUCCACCCAGUGAAGCCAAACACCGCAGCCUUGUCCAGAUCAUCUAUGAUGAAAACAGGAAAAAGGCAGAGGAGGCUCAUCGCAUCCUGGAGGGACUCGGACCCCGAGUAGAGCUGCCUUUGUAUAACCAGCCGUCUGAUACCAAGCAGUACCAUGAGAACAUCAAGAUAAAUCAGGCAAUGAGGAAGAAGCUUAUUCUGUAUUUCAAAAGAAGAAAUCAUGCUCGCAAACAGUGGGAGCAGAAAUUCUGCCAGCGCUACGACCAGCUAAUGGAGGCCUGGGAGAAGAAAGUUGAGCGCAUUGAGAGUAACCCACGCCGCAGAGCCAAAGAGAGCAAAGUGCGGGAGUAUUACGAAAAACAGUUUCCUGAGAUCCGCAAACAGAGGGAGCUGCAGGAGCGCAUGCAGAAUAGAGUGGCUCAGCGAGGUGGGGGUUUGGCCUCAGCAGCCCGCAGCGAACAUGAGGUUUCUGAGAUCAUCGAUGGCAUCUCGGAGCAAGAGAACUCAGAGAAGCAGAUGCGUCAGUUAGCUGUGAUUCCUCCCAUGCUGUUUGAUGCCGAGCAGCAGAGGAUAAAGUUCAUCAACAUGAAUGGGCUGAUGGACGAUCCCAUGAAGGUCUACAAAGACAGACAGGUCAUGAACAUGUGGAGUGAACAGGAGAAGGACACUUUCCGUGAGAAGUUUAUCCAGCACCCAAAAAACUUUGCCCUGAUAGCCUCCUUUCUGGAGAGAAAGACAGUGGCUGAGUGUGUCCUGUUCUACUACCUGACUAAGAAGAAUGAGAACUACAAGAACAUUGUUCGCAGGAGCUACCGUCGCCGAGGCAGGAGCCAGAAUAAUCAACAGGCACAGCAACAGGUGAACCGCAACAAUCAGGAAGAGAAAGACGAGAAGGAGAAAGAAAAGGAGGGAGACCAUGAGGAGGACAAAGCAGAGGGAGAUGAGAAAGAGGACGGCAUGAAAGAUGACACCUCUGGUGAGGAUGGAGAGGAGAAAGAGCCUCCUGUAACCGCUAAAGGCAGGCGGACCGCAAACAGCCGCGGUCACCGGAAAGGACGAGUCACUCGCUCUAUGACCAACGAGCAGGAAGAGAACACUUCACCACUAAGCAGUGAGCUGGCUAAUCUGGAGAUGAAUGAAAGUUCUCGCUGGACUGAAGAGGAGAUGGAGACCGCAAAGAAAGGUCUGCUCCAGUAUGGCAGAAAUUGGUCUGCUAUCGCCAAGAUGGUGGGCUCCAAAACAGUCUCCCAGUGCAAGAACUUCUACUUUAACUACAAGAAGAGACAGAAACUGGAUGAGAUUCUGCAACAGCAUAAAAUAAAAUCGGAGAAAGAGCGUAAGGCCAGACGUAAAGGUAAAGCUCUUCAGAACGAGGAAGCCAGUGCUCCAUCUGCUGCAGAGGAAGAAGAGAUGGAGGGAUCGGGAGUCAGCGGCAAUGAGGAGGAGGCUCAGGAGGACGGAGAGGGUGGAGCCAAUAACAGCUCAGACACUGAGAGCCUCCCUUCCCCACGCUCCUCAGAUGACAGCAAGGUCAAAGAAGAGGGCUCGGCACGGCCCAAAACUGCACCCACUUCCUCCUCGUCCUCCACGGACAAGGACAUGGCAGUUCCGGACAAGGGGCCGGAUGAAAUGCCAAAAGUGGAGGAAGGAGAGGUGGAACAGGGAGGAGUGAAGCAGGAGGUAAAGACCGAACCGGAGGAGUGUGAUAAGGAGGCAGCAGGAGAUGAUAAGAAGCCUCCUGCCCUGGAGGUGGAGGAGGGCAAGAAAGAGGUAAAAAAGAAAGAGCAUGGAGGAAAGAGUGGAGCUCAAGACAGCGACUCCAGCGCCACAUGCAGCGCAGAUGAGGUGGAGGAGACGGAAAGCUCAGAAAAGAACAGGCCGAGUUUGUUGAAUUUCGCCCAUGAUGGAGUGAUCACUUCUCCAGUUCAGAAACCACUGGACCUCAAACAGCUCAAGCAGAGAGCAGCUGCUAUACCUCCCAUAAUGCCAGAGAUGUCGGUAGCAGGACGUGAUAACCGGCCCAGGUUGCUGGGGAAGCAGCAGGCUAUGCCUCACGCUCUUGCAUUGUACCAGCAGCAGAUUACCAUGGCUCAUGAAUCUUCCCAGGAGGCCAAACAGCAACAAUCACAGCCAACCAAAUCUCAGCAUAACACGGGAGGUGGAGACUCAAGCAGCCCACGGGUCAGGACUCGUAGCCCUGGUGUCUCUGAGAGAGAGAGAGAAGAGCUGGAGGGGAACGAGAGAUGGCUUCAGGCUCUGCUACAUGGAUUACAUAAAUCUCGGGCAUUCUCUCCUCUUGCGGAUGGUAAAAAGAUACCCGGGGCGGAUGACGUUCGGGCUGUUGGUCUAGGCCGCCCAGUGAUGUCACCGUACCAGCUCUCUCCCAGAGACAUGGCCAAACUCAGCCAUGAGCAGCUGCUACACUACAGUCCCUCAUUGGCCCCCACUCUACAGCCACAGGAGAGAAUGGCUGCAGUGCGGCCUCUCCAUAUCCCAGAACCCCCUCCUCUCAUCUCCUCUGCCAAACCUGGUGGUUCCAUCACGCAGGGUACUCCAGUGCAAUUGCACAACCCUUCUCAUGGCUCCGACCAUGGGAAAAUCCCAGCCCCAGGAUCCAUGGCUCUCUCAUGGAUGGACCAGAGGAAAAUGGGAGGGUUUCCAGUGGUUAAACAGGAGCAGUUAUCUCCACGCGGAGCCGUCUCCUCUCAGACGGAUAAUCUCUCCUCACAGGACAGCACUACGUCACGGGGCCCCAUGCCAGCUGUUCAAGGUGGCAGCAUCACGAAGGGCAUCCCUGGCACACGUGUGCACCAAGAACCUUCCAUAUCAUAUCGAGGAGGUUCAAUCACUCAGGGCACUCCUGCAGAUGUCUUGUAUAAGGGCACAAUAACCCGUCUGAUCACUGAGGACAGCCCCAGCAGAGAGAGAAGCAGAGAAGAGACUCCUUCUAAGGGGACCUUAGUCUACGAGGGCGUCAGUGGACACAUCCUCUCCUUUGACCGGGGUCCAAAUUCUAAGGAAGAGGGUCGUGGAGACCUGGCUGGGCUGAAGAGGACCUAUGACAUGAUGGAGGUUGGCAUUCCUCGUGUGCCACCCAUGAGAGACUCAAUAUCUGCCAAUGAAGGUUUGGUCGGUCGAGCAAUGCCUCACGAGCGUGAUAGUCCUCAUCUACACCACAUCCGUGGAUCCAUAUCCCAAGGAAUCCCGCGUGAUGACUGUCAGCGCCGGGAGGUUAAACAGAUGAAGAGAGAGGGUUCCCCAUCACCCCGUGGCCCUGGUCAUCCCACUGACAUUCUUAAAUCACGCCCUCAUGACAGUAUGGUGACCACCGUCAAAGAGGGAGGACGCUCCAUCCACCUGAUCCCUCCUGAGGGGGUUGUGAUAGGCAAGCCUAAGGAGGGCUCAAUCACCCAGGGUACCCCUCUGAAACAAGAGCCUGUUGGCUCAUCCAAGCGCCAUGAUGUGCGGUCCAUCAUCGCCAGCUCUCCUCGGCCUUACUCUGGACUGUCCUCUCAUCUGGAGCUCAGGCCUGAGCACAGAGGGUCUGACAGGGCUCGCUAUGAGGAGGUUGGGAACAAAUCACGACCCAGCGCUGUGGUCAGCACCCCCAGUUCUCUGUCCCGUACAUCUCCAUUGGCAAUUAGUGGAGAGCAGAGCAGCAGACCCCACCACAGUCCAGUGGGCUAUGAAGAUCACAAACGAUCCGGCUACCCUCCGCCCUCACACAGAGCCUCUCCACUGUCUGGCAGAGAAACUUCACAGCGUGCACAUGAAGGCUCAAGUAAGGCCCAGCAGCAGGAGAGAAAAGCCACUCCCACCCCUCGAGAGGUGAGCUCCACUAAGUCUCCACUGGCAGUUAGUGAGCACACUGCGUCUUUGGCCUAUGAGAGGAUCCUGCAGGGGCUGGGAACGGAUAUGUACCAUGGCCAGAUACCUCUAACAUUUGACCCCGCAACUCUGCCCAGGGGAAUCAUCGAGCCAGCGUAUUACCUGCCCCGUCACCUGCACCCUAGCCCUGGCUACCCUCACCACUACUCACCCUACCUGAUCAGAAGUUUCCCUGAAACAGCAGCCCUGGAGAACAGACAGACACUCUUCAAUGACUACAUUACUUCCCAGCAGAUGCACCAGUGGCCAGCCGCUGCUGCAAUGGCUGCCCAGAGACCCGACCUGCUCAGAGGCCUUACACCUCGAGAGCAGUCUCUUAACUUAGCCUACUCACCUACACCCAGAGGAACAUCUGCCUCUCCCAUGGAUCGUAUGACAUACAUCCAAGCAACCCCUCAAGCUUUCCCCAGCGGAGCCUACAACACAUCUCCCAUCUCACCAGUGGGAGCCUCUCACAUGAGCAAGAUCCAAGGUGGUUCAAGUUCCUCAGAGAGAGAAAGGGAGAGGGAGAGAGAGAGAGAAAGGGAGAGAGAAAGGGAGAGAGAGCGGGAUCGUGAGAGAGACCGAGAGCGGGAUCGAGAGAGGGACAGGGAACGAGACCGAGAGAGAGAGCGUGAGAAAGAUCGGGACAGAGAAAGAGACAAGUCUCUCGGUCAUGGUAACGUGGAACAUGCCCCUAUCUGGAGACCAGGAGCACCAGAACAGAUGGGUGGCGGCAGUAGCAGCAGUUCUCGUCCCCCGUCUCAUCCAUACAGUCACCAGUCCUCUCCGCUCUCCCCUCGUCCCCAGGAGAGCCUGCAGCAGAGACCUAGCGUUCUGCACAACACCAGCUCAAAGAGCCUGGCCAAUUCUGAGCACAACAGUCCCUCUGUGCUGCGGCCUCCAGGAUCUGCUCGCUACCAGGGCUUCAGUGGGCACCUUCGGUCUGGUUUAGCCAAUGAGGGUUACACAUCUGUUACAGACUCAAAUGCUAAAGAUUCAAAUAGAGAUGGGGGCAAAAGCCAUGGGCGUGGAGGUCUGCCCAAAUAUCAGGACCAUUCAUCCUCUUCCAAGUCUGACCCCAAGCUAGCCAGCCCUGGUGCCGGUGGGUCAUACCCCUCUCCGUACAGCCAGAACCCUGGUGCCCACCUCAGUCUGCCCACAAGUCGAGGGCACCCCUUGCUGGCUUCCGAAAACAACAGCGGCAGCAGUUCCGUCCCGUCCCGUGGUGGAGAUGGCAUCAGCAGCGCGUCAAGUAGGGAAAAGACUCAAAACAAAGUGAUGUCCAUGCAGGAACACGAACUUCGAGCACUCGGUAAGACCACCAUGACAGCGGCCAACUUCAUAAACGCGAUAAUCAUGCAUCAAAUUUCUUGUGAUGCGGCGAUGCCAGAGACUGGUGCGCUCGCGACCAACGGCACCUGUGAUGCUCACCAAAAGGCCCUAGAACAGCUGUACGGGUCUGAGGACAGACUUUCUCCAGGUCAGCAGCCGCCUUCUGCUGUCAAAGGCUCUCAGAGAGUGGUCACCCUCGCCCAGCACAUCAGUGAGGUGAUCACGAAAGACUACACACGGCAGUCGCAGCAAGGCCAGAUAGGGGGUCAGUCAUCCCUACAGCCUGUGUUUGGAUAUCACAACUCCCCUGUGCUGGAUCUCACUCGUCCUCCCAGCGCUCCCCAAGCCCAGACCCCCACUGACCCCAAUGCCCGCUACACCCCAGAAGGCACGGCUGCUGAGAGGGAGAGAGGCAGAGACAGGUCUCCUUCUCAGAGUAAGACCUCUCCAGUGAGUCUGGCUGCUGAUGGGAUUGAACCGGUUUCACCACCAGGGGCCGUUUCAGAGCCAGAGACACCAGGAGCUGCUUACCCUAAUGAACAGGCGGAGCAGGGAAUGGGAUCUCGUUCACCGGCCAGUAGCUCUCAACAUCCAGCCUUCUUCAGUAAACUGACUGAGAGCAACUCCGCUAUUGUCAAGAGCAAGAAGGAAAUGAUUAAGAAGAUGGUGGUUGGGACAGAGGCUGAAUUCAACCCAGGCCAACCUGGGACAGAAAUCUUUAACAUGCCCGCCUCUACAAAUGCAGUACCUGUGAGUGUGCGCAGUCACCCGCCACCAGAGGCCAGCGGUAAUACUAUAGGUCUGGAGGCCAUCAUCAGGAAGGCCCUCAUGGGCAAUUAUGAUGAACAGAUGGACGAACGCUCGCCGUCUAACUCUGUCAGCUCGAUGAGUGUUGGGGUGCCAGCUGCCAUCGGGCCGCCAGCUUCAGUGGAUGGGCGUUCUGAAGACCCCUACUCCCUGCCAGUUAAAUCCAAAGGAGGGCGCUCUAAUGGUCGCAAGACUAAGUCUCCUGGUCUGUCUGGAGGAGAGAGACCUUCAUCUGUGUCCUCUGUCCACUCUGAGGGAGACUGUAACCGUCACACCCCACUCACCAACAGAGUUUGGGAGGACAGACCCUCAUCUACAGGCCCCACUCCAUUCCCCUGUAACCCCCUGACCAUGCAGAUGCGUCUCCCCAGCGGGAUGAUGUCGGGACCCUCACCUUCCCCAACGCAGCAGGGCACAUCAGCGCCUCCACAGAGCCAGACUCAACCCCGCACCUGGGAGGAAGAACCCAAACCUCUGCUGUGCUCUCAAUACGAGACCCUGUCAGACAGCGAGUGAACACACACCUCACGCUGCGUACACUAGGACUGAACGUUUGCUGCUUGUGAACAGAAACUUGUUACUGUAAACAGGGAUGUUCGUAAACGCACGUACUCAUGUCCAUGCUGACAUGCGGGAACAUACGUCCAUCAGCGCUCAUGCCCUCUGAUACCUCUACACACAUAAUCAUGCAUAGAGAAAAACAUUACGUGGACACACUCACGCCAUCAGUGGAAGUGCAUUACAUGGCUGCAGACGUGGGUUUAUGUAUCAGUGUGUUGGCGUGUGCGUCACUCCAGGACUACUUGUAGGAUGAAUCACUUUUUAGGUUAUUUUUUUUUAAUCAGAGUUGACUCAUGGACUCAUCUGUUUUGUUGACGCGUUUUGGAGCAUUCCUCAUUAGACUGCUCAGGACACACACACUCUUAUACUGUAAUACAGCAGCAAAUUGUUUAUUUUGUGUGUGUGUGUGUGUGGUGUAAUGCAAAGGCUGGAUGAAACAGAAAUAAGCACCACACACACAGGCGUGCACGUAUGGCCUCUGAGUUCUCAUGUGCAUCUGCACUCCUUCAUGAUGACUCAUGUGUUGUCAAGAUGACCCUGUUAUUUUUUUUAUGGAUCUGACACUGUUGGGUCAUCUGAGUAUUUGUGUGAUGAAACAUAGACCUUCAGAAAGGCAGGGUAGUCGAUCCCUGCACUAAACUCUACUGGUUUUUGAAGCAGAGUUCAUGUUAUCCUGUAACGUUAUGUCCGUUCCGUGCUACUUCUGAGAGUUUAUGUGGGCGGCCAAAUCAUUGGUUUUACAGGGUCCUCAUAAUGUCCAUUUGUUAACAUCAAACCUUCAUUUUUGGCCUCUAGAUGACCAAUAAUACGUUGUCUCUUCUGUCAUCUCUCUUUGAUAGUAGAUGUCCGAACUUUUUUUAUGUACAUAAACCUUUGCAUGUUUUUUUUGUAAUGAGUUAAGCACUUAGUCGGCAAACGGUUCCUGUCAGUGUCCUUCAGCGGAUGCCGACCUGAAUGCAACUUUUUAAACAGCAUUUAUUUUAGUUGUUUUUCUUAUACAGAGCUUUGUUGAUUUGUUUCGUCACCUACCUUGUCAAGUGUUCCACUCUCUUGCGACAAUCACUGGCAGAGAGUUGAGCGAGUGGACGCAUCUUUAGGGGAAGCUGCUUGAUCAGGUCUGAACGUCCCAGCAGACCUGUUGUGUUUCACGUCAUCUGUUUGUUGAAGAGUUAAAGCCAUGCUGUCUGGCCAGUCCUUUGAUAUGACACUCACUGAGAGCUGCUUAACUUUUGCUCUUUAAUGCUUAAACGAAAGCUUGGGGAUGUUUUUUUCUUUCUUUCUGUAGGUUCAUUUGAGGAGAGAUAUCCUGCGUAUAAAAUAAAAUUGAGGUGAGCAGACGGCACACCUCAUCUAACCUGUAGUCCUUCACUCUGUACAGUUUUAAAGAUAAUUCUAGUGUUAAGUGCCAUGUAUUUGACAUAUACAUUUCUGAAGUUAAAACUACCAAGUGACUACGCACAGUUGUUUGUUUUUAAAUUUGUUUCUUUUCUCCUUGUUAUGCCAGGGUUGUACAAUUUGUCACGCAGGCACAAUUUAAAUCCGUGAAGGAGACAUUUACCGUGUCAGUCUCCUCUCCAAAACGCCUCAGCGGUGGGAUUACUAAUUGCUUUGCAUGCAUAUUAGAUUUAAUGAAAUGUUUUAAUUCGUAUUGUUUGACUUUUAUUUGUCACAUGGUUUUACUAUGAAAGGUCUCUUUAACAGUUCGAACUGCAAUGCUCAUUGUAAUCUCCAGACUUUGUGGAUAUUUUUAGAAGCUAAUUAAAAGAUGAAACGUGAAGUUCAGCGGUGGGUUUUAUCCGGUGGGGGGCUUUUGUUGUUGCUUUGAUGGUCGAGGACCGUUGUAGUGCACUACCUAGUGUGGUUUUGUAUAAUGGGGCUUUAUCUUCAGUCACUUCAAUCCCAAAUACAUUCUCAUCAAGAUCCCUGAAUGGGGUGAGCGAACAGUAGCUAUACUUUUUUCUUUUUUUUUUUUAAACCAUAACAUCUGCACAGACAUCCCAGAAUGCUCUGCUCUGAUUUUGAGAUACGUUCUCUGACAUAUCACUCCAGACAGUAUUGUAUUUUGUGGACAAGUCACUCUAAAGUUCAGUGUUUUCUUGUAUAGCGAGCUCUCUUUCCUCUUUAUUGACUGUUUGUUUGACCUUUUUACUGAGGACAGUAUUGCACUUUCCUUAGAUGAGGAGGCGUUCUCAUUUGUAACUGAUAAACGUAAAUGAAGCUGAGAGAUUAAAACAAAUGAAGAGGAGAGAGAUGGGAAAACAGCGGUAAUCAUCGCCCCUCUUUAGAUUGGAAAGGUUAAGUGGGUAUUUGGGUGGCAUCUGUUUUCGUACAACCAUUUUGUGCAUAUUGCUUUUUCUUUUUUUCUGUAUUAUAGCGAGGAGUGUAAAUAGACCUAAAAGGAUGUACAUAUUUAUGUGAUUUGCUGCAAGAUUGAUAUUCACACUGUUGUAUUUCAACAUGGCCACCAGCAAGCUUUGUGGAUAGCAGUGUAAAAAUUAAACAGAAAAAAAAACAGACACUGCCUUAAUGUUUAAAUAAAAAGCUUAUUGCCAUUGA